AUGAAUAUUAUCAAGAAAUUUAUGGAUUCAGGAGCCAAACCGGAACUUGUGUCUAUUCCAGCAGGCCAGUUCUUUCUGUUGAGACCUAAAUCAUCGCCAAAAGCCACCCUUGAAUGCUUGUACAACGAUGCCACUUUGGUGAUCAGAGAGAGCGGUACGCACCGGUUUGAACUAGUGGUUAAGAAGGAAGUGGACGAUUCCGAGCUUGCUUCUGGAGACGGGACCGAAGAUUUCGAAGACGAUGGCUUAAGUGUUCUUUCUGGACAGUCCAAGAAGGAAGAGGAAUGGAGUUUCAAUCUAGACGAAUCUCUGCUAUUUCACAAAACUUGGAGUGAACAAGGCGAUGUGGCUUUCGUGUGGAAAAAUACCAAGGGCGACGUUGGCGAGAAGUUUCAGUUUGUGGCCAACGCCGAAGUCCCAUUUUCAGACGUGGGCCAUUUCCUGCACACAGCCUACCUGUGCGAGUUUGAAUUCAAGUAUAAAAAGUCAGCAAGCAAAGCUGUACGAGAAGACCUGCAGCAGUUCGACUUUUCGCAAGAAUCGAACGAGAACGCUUUGGAUGACGAUGGUGAUCGAGAAGAUGCAGAAACAACUCAGUUACAAGCAUCGAUGAACGUUCUUACCGUACAUGACAAUUCAGAGAGCGAAAGCGACGAAGACUCCAUUGAUGAACUGUUUGAGGAUGCUUUGAACGGUUUCAGUCCUAAAGGAACGCGCAAAGACGUGCACAAAGCUCUCAAAGCCCCUCACAUCAACAAAGCUUCCUUAACAGUUCUUCAAGGCCAUGCCGCUCUAUACAUCUACGACCCAAGUGUGCAAAAACUCAUACCACAGGACAAUUCUUGUAAGUUUGCAAUUUUGGACUAUGGCGAGUUCGAGUACUGGUUGGCAGUAGAGAGCGAAGGUGGCAAUCUAGGUGUUGACAUAACUCCAUUAGUCAACCCGUUUUUUGACAUGAGCGCCAGAAACUUCAUCUUCAACUACAAUAUGGAGAACAUUACUCUCUCAUAUAUGCUUGAGUUCGAGAGCGAAGCCCUUUUCGUGCAAUUUCAAAAAGCCUGGACUCGGGCUCUUUGGGAAGGUCUCAACCAGAAAAGCUGGGUUGCCGUCAGUGCGAACGAAAAGAACUGCAUUGUUGAUGCCAGCGAGGAUGUUACUAGAGAAUUGAACUUGUUUUUACAGGAGGAUGAAGACAGUGAUAGCGCGACGGACGGAUCAUCAGAUAGUGACGAGGACGACGAAGAUAAUAAGGAGGAUCAGCGAGGAGAUGAUGACAGUUUUGACGAUGAUGCUGCGGAAGAGCAAUACCGAGCGUCUACCGCUCUUUCUGGCAAUAAGUCGUUGACUGUUUCAUUCAACAACGAUCGCUCCUACGUCACUAGAGGCAACAAGAUCGGUGUUUUCAAAGCUGAAGAAGAUGGCAAAGAACUGAAUUUUGUCACCGCCAUCAGUAAAGUCAGCGAUACGAAGGGCAAAGAAUUCGAACCAGAAAACCCUAUGCUUUAUACCGAAGAUCAAGCGAUGAUCAUUCAAGAUAAAAAUGACCCUUCUCGGGUUUACAAGCUGAAUCUUGAGCGUGGGAAAGUCGUUGAAGAAUACACAGCGGGCGGUAAAGACAUCCUGAAGUACUCGCACUCUAAAAAGUUUGAUCAACUUACGAAUGAACAGACCUUCUUGGGGAUUUCGGGAAAAAGUGUAUUUAGACUUGAUCCGCGAAUAAGUGGACAGAACAAGUUGGUAGUUGAGCAAAACAAGGACUACGCUACAAACUAUGGUUUCAGCUCGCUGGCCACCAGUCAAGACGGUUAUGUGGCCAUUGGAUCAGGAAAGGGUGAGAUUAGGCUGUUUGAUAAGCUGGGCAUCAGGGCCAAGACUCUGAUCCCCGCACUGGGUGAGCCUGUCAAACAUAUUUGCAUAUCGGCAGAUGGGAAGUGGCUGCUGGCUACUUGCGACUCCUCUCUACUUUUGGUCGACUUAACGGUCAAGGAAGGGAAAAAUGCGGGCAGCGUUGGGUUUUUGAAGCCUUUCUCCAAAGAUGAAAUGCCUAAAAUUCAUAUCUUGAAAGUUCACCCUAAGACUGCAGCAUACAUGAAGACGUCAACAAAGCAACCUAUCCAAUUUUCAAAAGCAUACUUCAACACCGGUCUAAACCAAAAGGAGCAAACCAUUGUCACUUCGACUGGACCUUUUGCCAUUACGUGGUCUUUGAAAAAAGUACUACGGGGCGACAAAAUGUCGUAUCUCAUCAAGAAAUACAAUUCGCUUAUUAUGGAGGAUAAUUUCAGAUACGGCUCGGACAACAAUGUUAUUUUGGCUCUCAAGGAUAACGUUAAAAUGGCAAAGAAGAGCAAAUUUAAGUCCCCCACGGCUGAGAUGAAGCAUCAAAAUAAUUGGAACGAUUUUCUAGAGCUUUCUGGUCAAGCUCUUAAAAAGUGA